GACCAACAACUGCAAGAUGCCAGCCCUUGGACAGUUCGACUACCUCUUUGCCAUCGGCACCAUCUUCGCGUUCCUCGAUGCGUGGAACAUUGGUGCCAACGAUGUAGCCAACUCCUUCGCGACUUCGGUCGCUUCACGGUCGCUUACCCUUAAGCAAGCCAUGUGCAUCGCUUCCGUUAUGGAGUUCGCUGGUGCUAUGCUUGUCGGCUCCCGUGUCACAGAUACCAUUCGUACCAAGGUCAUCUCCACAAAGUUAUUCGAGCAGGACCCUUCUGUGCUCAUGCUCGGCAUGGUGUGCGCCAUUGUCGGCUCGGCUACCUAUCUCACCAUCGCCACCAGGUUUACUAUGCCUGUCUCGACUACUCAUUCCAUUAUGGGCGGCGUCAUCGGUGUUGGUAUUGCCGCUUCUGGGCCCAAAGGUGUCAAUUGGUCGUUCAAGGGUGUCUCUCAGGUUUUCGCUGCCUGGGGUAUCGCUCCUGGUAUCGCUGGUGGUUUCGGUGCUAUCAUCUUCUUGAUCACUAAGUACGGUGUCAUGCGUCGGAAGAACCCUGUGAUGAAGGCCUUCAUCAUGGUCCCGAUCUACUUCUUCAUCACUGCUUUCCUCUUGGCUCUACUCAUUGUCUGGAAGGGUGGCUCUGCUAAGAUCAAGCUCACUGACGGGCAGGCUGUUGGUGUUGCCUUUGGUGUUGGCGGCGUGGUUGCUCUCAUUAUUGCUACAUUCUUCAUCCCCUUUCUGUACCGCCGCAUUAUCAAGGAUGACUGGGAACUGAAGGCUUGGGAAGUCAUCAAGGGCCCUCUGCUCCUCCGCCGUCCCCAGCCUCCUGUCCGCCCGGAGGGCGUCACCGCCGGUCAUAUCAAAGACUAUUACGCCGGCCAUCUUACCGCCGAGGAGCUCGAGGCGAAGCGCGCCAACGAAGCCCACGUCGCACCAGAUGACAUCGAAAAGGGUGCUGCCCAUUCUGUCAAGCCCGAGGGCGAUGGUGCUGAUUCUGACAUUAGCCCCAUCCCCUCGGUCCGUGGUGCUCCCGUCACAGCGUCUGGCCAUCAACAGCUCUCCAAGCCCAAGAAGCAGCCUCCUCCCGGUACGUGGUACACGCCUGCCGUCGCGUUCUACUGGAUCAAGUAUGCCAUCUUCCACGGUGUCGAGCAAGAGGUUGUCGAUAUGCAAAGUCACCGCGAUUUCCUGUCUGGCGACAUUGAGAAGGUUCACGCCACUGGUGAGCACUACGACAACCGCGCCGAAUACACCUACUCCUUCCUCCAAAUCUUGACUGCCUCCACCACCUCUUUCGCCCACGGUGCCAACGACGUGUCCAACGCCAUUGGUCCGUACACAACCAUCUACUUUAUCUGGUCCACUGGCAAGAUCUCCACCAAGGUCCCUGUCCCUCUCUGGAUCCUCGCCUUUGGUGGUGCUGGUAUCGUUAUCGGGCUCUGGACGUACGGAUAUAACAUUAUGCGUGCGCUGGGUAACAAGAUUACACUGCACUCGCCAGCCCGUGGGUUCUCCAUGGAACUCGGUGCUGCUGUUACUAUUAUCGUCGCAACGAAGCUUGCUCUCCCGGUAUCAACCACUCAAUGCAUCACCGGUGCUACUGUUGGUGUCGGUCUCUGCAAUGGUACUUGGCGGACCAUUAACUGGCGCAUGGUUGCGUGGAUCUACAUGGGCUGGUUCAUCACCCUGCCUGUUGCUGGAAUCAUUUCUGGAUGCUUGAUGGGUAUUAUUCUCAAUGCUCCAAGGUGGGGUGGAGGUGUGUAAGGAGAUUAUGUGCAACAGGAGACUAGAUGGAGAGUUGAGUUGCUUGAGAUGGUGCGAUUAACCAUGUGAUGAGGGACGGAGGGCGGGCUUUUGGUUCUACGCUCGCUUUGUUCAAUAUUUUCCUGGAUGUAUUCCUCAUGUUUGCUGUGCGCGAAAAGUCGGCUGCAAUCAGCGCUUAUAGAUACUUUUUACU